UUUAGCAGUUGAUUGUCAACAUUUUUGCUGAACGGCCAUUUUGUGAAAGCUGAAUUUGGCUCAGUGGUGCGUGCAAAGUGGAAGUUAAAAAAAUAUAUUUUAAAAUAUGUAUUAAAUAUAAUAGUAAAACAAUAUCAAAAUGACUCAAUUUUUACCACCAAAUCUCUUGGCGCUUUUUGCCCCACGCGAUCCCAUACCAUACUUACCACCGGUUACAAAAUUACCCCAUGAGAAGAAAAACCGAGGAUAUUUGGGUGUAGGACAAUUUUUAGAUGAUUUCGAGGAUCCUAAAGACACACCUCCACCAACAAGAGUGGAAACGAGGGAAGAACGGUUAGAAAGGAGACGCAGGGAAAGAGCUGAACAAGUUGCAUACAAACUGGAACAGGAAAUUGCUAUGUGGAAUCCUACUGCAGCACCCAAUAAUACAACAGAUCCAUUCAAAACCCUAUUUAUUGCUAGAAUCAAUUAUGACACUUCGGAAUCAAAACUUCGCAGAGAAUUUGAAGUUUAUGGACCUAUUAAAAAGAUCGUUUUGAUUCAUAACAGCAUAAAUGGUAAACCGAGAGGGUAUGCAUUUAUUGAAUAUGAACAUGAAAGGGACAUGCACUCUGCUUACAAACACGCCGACGGUAAGAAAAUUGACGGCAGAAGGGUAUUAGUAGAUGUGGAAAGGGCAAGGACAGUCAAGGGAUGGUUACCCAGGAGGUUAGGUGGAGGUCUGGGUGGUACAAGAAGAGGUGGACCGGACGUUAAUAUCAAACACUCGGGUCGUGAAGACAACGAAAGAGAAAGGGAACGGUAUAGGUUAGAACGCGAAAGGGAAGAGAGAGGUUUGGUUAGGGAACGCGAUAGGGAUAGAGAUAGAGUUCGUGAUAGAGAAUUUGAAAGGCGUCGGUCCAGAUCCAGAGAAAGGAGGAGAAGAAGCAGGUCAAGAUCGCCUAGAAGAGAAAAGAGGAGAAGGAGUAAGGACAAGAACAGGGACGAAAUAACUAUUGAAGAUGAUGGUUAUGAUAGGAGAGAUAGAGAAAGGGAUAGGGAUCGUGAUAAGGAUAGGAAACGAAGGAGAUCCAGAUCCAGAGACAAGGAUAGGGAAGCUCGUAAGAGAGAACGUAGAGAAAGAAGAGAAAAGGAUAAGAUCGAAAGAGUUGAAUUUAUUAAGACCGAUGAUGGAGGUGAAAUGAUCAGAGUUAAAGAGGAACCUGUAGAUGAUUAUGACUACGCAAAUUACCAACCACCUGCAUAUGAUUCAGCAAAGGUUAAAUAUGAGGAUGAAGAUGAGCACAAGUAUGAACCUCUUGAUACAAACGGUGCUAGAAGAUAUGAAGAUGAGUAUGAAGAAGGCGAAUACAACUAAUUUAAGGAUAUAUUUUUGUUUAGAUAAUAGAUUAUGUAGAUUUCUAAUCUUUUGAACUUGUAAGUGACCAAUUUCCACUUUGUAAGUUAUUUAUAAUUUAUGUUUUUAGAUAACGUCUUCUGUUUGCUUUCCAAGAGUUAUCGUUAGAAAUUGAUUAUUGUAAUAAAAUGCAUCGAGGGAUU